UCAAUUGAACACACUCAUGUUUAAACGUCCUGCUGAACAUGCUUACUAUUAUGACGCGUGUGCAUUCAGCGGCUUUAAAUGUUGAUUUGCGGAAGCUUAAGUGCGCCUCCUAAGCACUCAUUUCGCUCAAAGUGGCCGACAAGUUGAUUCAGUUAAGACCAGAAAGUGGUCACCAUGACUCGGAUAUUAUGGGAUGCGAUUUUCCUUAUCAGCGGUACUUUUAGUAUGUCUGUGGUACUAAAUGGUUCACUGUUUACAAUAGGAGCAGGACAAAGCAACUCGACAAGUCUGGAAGGCAAUAUUGCUAUCAGUGCUGACGCUGCCGCUGCUCUUAACGCCUCAGCAAGUGGUCGUGCAGCCGUCUCCACCAUUACAAGUUCAAACUUUUUAUUAGGAACAAAGCGAAGCAGUGGUUCAGACGCCACUAUCGCCAUUCCUUCAAAGCCCACGUUGGCUGCACCGGCUUUGGCCAGCGGCUCAUCAACGCCUGGUGGUGCGACUACGAUCACCACGACAACUUCUAACACCCCGCCUGUUAAAAAGUUCGUGGCAGCGGCUGUCCGCUCUCAUUUCGACGACUGCCCUGACUCUCAUCGCCACUUCUGUUUCCACGGGACCUGCCGCUUCCUGAUAUUGGAGGAGACGCCAGCGUGCAUAUGCCAUCCUGGUUUCGUUGGGAUGAGGUGCGAGCAUGCAGACCUUCUGGCUGUUGUCGCCACCAACCACCAUCAGCAGACCGUAGCCACAGUGCUGGUGUUGUGUGUGAUCGGCUGUGUCCUCAUCAUUGUCUUGUGCACACUGUUAAAUUGCUGGUGGAGGCAGGAAUGCCGCAAGAGGAGACGCCCUCAUCGCUUCAUCCCUCAAGAAAAAUCUGUUUACAUCCUGAAGCAUGGAGCGCCAUGUUACCCUUCUGAGAGCGUGGUGUGAAAAGACAACAUUGUGGAGCGUCCUCCAGUCGGGCCCAAAAGAGUCCUAAGACCAAAGAGAUAUAUAAGCGAAGAAGGAACGUCUUCAGUGGGACUGAUGCAGGAAUCAAUGAAAUAAGGUAGGACGUUCCUUCCACUUUCCACUGACUUUGUGCAAAGCGGCAACGUGGGAAUCCCCUCUAUCCUUGCGUGGAAAUAAACACUAACUGUGAGGAUACAAGUCAUCUUCUACAAGGACAUCCUUUGUGGAUUUAAAAAAAAAAAAAAAAAAAAGAAGAGACUUCAUGACUUACCCACCCCCCACCCCCCCAGUUCCUAUUUAUGUCUUUUAUUAACUUUGCGCACUUUCCAGAGCACAGAAGAUGCUGAAGUUUUAGUGUCUGUUUUUAAACACGAUUCACCUGACAGAAGUGGGAAUUGAUGGGCUGAAUGGAAGCAGACUCCUGGAUAUCUACCAGAGUUUUCUUUUCCAAUGUCAUGUAUCCUGUAAUGAUGAGUAAAAAUGUGAUGUCAGUUUUAGUUUUGGAAUGUUCGUCAGAGGUUUUAUUAAAUGGACGAGCUAGAGCAGGAAAAAAGGAACACACCACUCGUGUACAUUGGGUGCUCAUUCUCGGCUACGUUUAUUUCGAUGGCACUUUUCUGUAAGCUUACUCGAUACUUCCUAAAAACUGCACUUUUGGUAUGGACUUAAAAUCACAGCUUUUAUUUUUUGGUGCACUUAUUUAAUAGAAUUCCAUGAGUGGUGUGUUUUGGCAUUGCCUCUAUUUUGGAUUUGAUACUUUUUUUUUUUUUUUUUUAAGAGUGACGAAGAAAUGCUCGUCCCAAACUGGCGAAAAGGAUUUGAAAAAUAACAAUAUUGAACUGACAGUUUAGAUGUGGCAGCUUCUACCAUUAAAAAUGGAUGAUGGUAUACCGACAACAAAGGAGAAGCGGAGGAUGAUACACUCCUUUCUGUUUACAGUGUCUCGAUGUUUGCAGAGUGUUCCUCAUGUGUCUCCUAUUACAGCAUUGAUGUGUGAGAACACACACACACGCACACAAUGUUGUGUAUUUACAUGUAUUUCCAAUACAAAAGAGGGUCCAACUGAUACGUAAGCCUUUACUUGGACCAACUCUUUGUUACUAUUUCUUUUCAAAUGGAGAAUUAAAUUUGCAAAAGUCUGUGUGGCUGUUUUUUUGUGCUCCCUACAGGGGAAAUUAACCAUUGUAAAUUAAUCAUUGUAAUUUUCUUUUUAAAAUUAUUUUAACGGGACAGGAGAAUCUCUCCGUCAAUGUUCUGAACUCCUGUUUCGAUGCUAGUGCACUAUUGAGCAGGAAUUGUGCCAUCGUGUGAAUUUAUGUUACAGCAAACAAGUUGCAACUGAAUCAGCAGCGCCUCUGCUUUUUGCAGCCGAGUAAGACAAAGCAGCAAUCAAUCUACAAUUUGACAAAACUCUU